AUGCCGUCACUGUCGUCGGCCAAAGUCGUGGCAACCGCGGCGAGGCUGAGCAGCCACCGCCGCAUUCACAAGGUCGCCACCAUGGCCACCAGAAGCCCACCUCCGGCACAAGAAGGACAGCGGCGAGCGGCGGUGCAAGGGACGACAGUGUACUUCCCGUUGGGAGAGCCGGGGCCACGCCAGACGACGAGCUGGAAGGCGGCGGCGCCGCCGGUGAAGCUGCUAAUGAACGUGGAGAAGCUACGGCUGCUGACGAAGGCGGGGACGACGGUGCUCCUGUCGGCAGCGGAGCGCGCCGGGCUGUCACUGUCGGCGGUGGAGUGGCUGGGUUUGCUCUACAAGGCGGAAGAGCUGGAGGUGCUAUCGGCGGCGACCGACCACGGGACACCCGGCGCGCUGCUCGGCGUCGCGCUGCUGCUGCUCGCCGCCGGCCCCGCCGUUGUCUACCUCGUCACGGAGGAGUACCCAAGGGAGGUCGCCGUCCAGGCCGUGGUCGCCCUCGCCUGCGUCGUUGGUGGCUCCGCCACCUUCGCCAUGUCCAGCAUCGUGUCCAAGCUCCCGAGCUCUCCAGCUGAAGCGAUUAGAGAUGCUCAUUGCCUUGCGUGAUUACUUACAACUUAAUUUGGAAUUAGUGUGUAAUUAAGCAGAGUGCUGAGCCUCCGACGAGGCGACGAGAGACACAUAUAGGUGAGAGGGGAUAGAGAGAACAGAGAAUAUGAUAGGUGGGCUCCACUAUUUUUUAAAAUAAAAAAUUACUGACUAGACUGUCACGUAUGCUAGUU